AUGAUGCUGCGUAACUCGGCGCUUUUGCUGGGCACCGGCCUGGCCAGCAGCCAGGUCUUGCUCGCUCAGCUCAAAGAGGCGAAGGAUCCCAUGCAGGCGCUGGAUGCUGUCACCAAGUUCACCGCGACACGCUUCUCGGACAUCCUGUACUUCGAUCCCAGCGGCGAGCGAGUGGAAGAGGCUGCAGCGAGCAACUUCUUCUGCGUAACGGAGGAUGGGGUCCUGAAAACCCCGGAGCUUGGUACUAUCCUGUCAGGGGUCACGCGUGACUCGAUCCUGCAGCUGGCGAGGAAAAUGGCGGCCUCCGGCGAGCUGAGUGAUGUGGAGGAAGGCACGGUGACUUGGAAGGACAUCCUCAAGGCCAAGGAGGCGAUGGGGUUUAGGCCCUCAGAAGCGAACACGAUGGCCGAAACAGUUCGGAUGCAUGGCUUCAUCAAGGCGGAUGUGCAGCUGGCGAAGGGUGAGGUUCCAUUCUUCGACUACGGUUGCUUCUCUGGAGGUUUGGCGUCGUGCCUCAAGUACUUCUGCCUACCUCCCUGCUCCUCCAACUGCCGCAGGACCUUCAAGAAUAUGGCCAAGCAACAGGCAAACUUGCCAGUCGAAGUGGCUGAUGCCCGAAAGAAGGAGGUGCAGGAGGGCCUGAGCAAGCGUGAGUUUUUCGACAAGUAUGGCUUCGUACUCCUGAAGCAGGCGAGCAAGAUGUCGGCCGAAGACUGGCUGGGCAACACCUACCAAGCUUCAUCGGACUCAUUUCGGAAGCUUAAACCAGGUGAGCGCUCACCUGUGAUCGACAUCUAUGCCAAGGAGCUGGAGCCUUUGAUCCGCGAGCUGUUGCCCAAUACAGCCCAGAUCCGUUUUCCAGACUUUGCCUUGCGCCGUGGACCUGGAGGCCCAAAUCCACACUAUGGCUUUGGGGUUCACCAGGACUAUGGCCUCUACCCAGAGGACAUGGAGACAACCUACCGGACAGGCUUGGAGGGCAGCUUUGAAGACUUCCUGACAAGGAUGUACCACGAAGAGACAGCCGGCUUCUCGGUGAUCAACUUCUGGCGUCCUGUCCCGCCCAUGGCUGGCCCGGUAAGGAGCACGCCCCUGGCUCUGUGCGAUCCCAACACGGUUAAAAUCGAGGACUGUGUGCCGACGGAGAUCCACGGCUUCGUGCCCGGCGGCCAGCGGAGCUUGCUCCUCAAACCCAACCCGGACCAGAAGUGGUACUACUACCCUGACAUGACCACGGACGAGGUCCUGGUGUUCCGACAGUUCCACUAUGCCCGUGGCGUAGAAGCACCGUACAGCCAGGUCAGAACUGUCUUCCACUCUGCCUUCAAGCAUCCGGCCGCUUCCAAGGAAGACGAGGUUCGCUGCAGCAGCGAGUAUCGCGUUGGAGUUUGGCUGAAGUAG